UGUAUAUUUUCAUAAUUAUAAAUAUUUGUAUGUGAUAAUUAAAAAAUUAUUUUUUUUCAGCAUGUCGGAAUUUUCUAAAACUAUGCAAAAUAAAAUAUUACAAUUGGAGUUUAUUUCAUACAGUAGAAAGAGAAUUUAUCGCUCAAACUGGAGACCCUACAGGAACCGGUAAAGGUGGAGAAAGUGUAUACGGAAUGGUAUUAGGUGAAAAAGCUCGUUAUUACGAAGCUGAGCAGAUGCCCAAGAUUAAGCAUGACCGGGUAGGUUUAUUGUCGAUGGUGAAUUGCGGAGAUAAUAUGCUUGGUUCACAAUUUUUUAUUACACUUGGUCGUAAUCUUCAAUCUCUCGACGGUGAGCACUGUGUGUUUGGAGAAAUUGUUGAAGGGAUCGAUGUAAUUUUAAAAUUUAAUCAGGCUAUUUGUGAUGAUGUGGGCCAUCGUCCUCUUCAAGACAUACGUAUAUCCCAUACAGUUAUUCUAGAAGAUCCGUAUGAUGAUCCUAAAGGGUUGGAGAUUCCUGAUCGCAGUCCUGGGCCGACAGAAGAGUGUCUAAAGAGUGAUCGAAUCGGGGCUGAUGAAGCGAUAGAUGAUACGGUUGGUAUGACUGAAGAAGAAAUAAUUGAAAUGAGAAAAAAUAAGGAAGCUAAAGCAGCAGCGACUAUUCUUGAAAUUGUUGGUGAUAUUCCCGACGCUGAUAUAGCACCUCCUGAAAAUGUUUUGUUUGUUUGUAAACUGCAUCCUGACACCAGUGACGAUGAUUUGGAAAUAAUUUUUGGCAGAUUUGGACAAAUAAUUGGACCGGUGAUUCACUUCAAUAUGCUUUCAUUGAAUACGCUGAUCGUAAAAGCUGUGAAGAUGCAUAUUUCAAGAUGA